CAGGUACCCGACUUGUCUGGUGCUUUCAGGGCUGCUUGGAAUGCUCCGACUAUCGUAAAAUUGCAAAGCUUUUCAUUCAGUGUUCAGUUCCAAACAGACAAAAGCUCGGCACCAGUCCUUCCGGUGUUUAGCCGCCCCAUGUUGCUCCGCAAAGAACCCUUGACAGCGUCCCCUCUCAGCAACCUUGCCGCUCCGCUUCGCGGAAAAGACGCCGAGGUGUUCCGCCUAUCCCGUCGGCCCGCUUGGUAGCCAGAGCUCAACUGUUUGAUAAGAGAUGAUGAGCGCCUCCUCCUUCAUGACACGAAGGCUCACAAGAGCUGCAGCAACAACAACCCGGGCAUUUCACCCCUUUUCGAAUCCCCAAUCAAGAUCAUAUAGCAUCAAAAUGCCGGUAUUCUCGCGCCUUGUCCGAUUUGUGGCCGAUGACGGCCGCACGUACUAUGGAGACGCCAUCCUGCCCGAGGGGACGGCGGACAUGGCCAAGGCAAAGCAGGCGCGCGUCAUCGAGGGCGACAUCUUUGGCGAGCAUCGAGUGACGGACCGUGUCGCCCGCGUCGACAGACUGUUGUCACCGCUCGCGCCCCAGGACGUCCGCACUGUUCGGUGCCUUGGGCUGAACUAUGCUCUGCACGCCAAAGAGUCAAACCUGCCGAUCCCUCAGUACCCAGUGCUCUUUUACAAACCAGCCACUUCUCUCUCCGGUCCCUCUGACCCGAUCCCUGUUCACCCGAUGGCACAAGAGGGCGAUGGUCUGGACUACGAAUGUGAGCUUGUAGUCGUUAUAGGCAAGGAAUGCGCCGACGUCAGCGAAGCAAACGCCCUGGACUACGUUCUUGGUUAUGCCGUAGGCAACGACGUCUCUCACCGGGACUGGCAGAUCAAACGCGGAGGCGGCCAGUGGUCGCUGGGCAAGGGCUUCGACGGCUGGGCCCCCUACGGGCCGGGCGUCGUCAGCAGCGGGCUGCUGAAGGACCCACAGGCGCUCCAGAUCUCGACAAAGCUCAACGGGCAGACGGUACAGGAGAGCAGCACGGCCGACAUGAUCUUCAAGGUGGCCCAGACCAUUGCGUUCCUCAGCCGUGGCACGACGCUGCUGCCUGGCGACCUCAUCUGGACGGGCACUCCGCAGGGUGUCGGCAUGGGCCGCAAGCCGCAGCUGUGGCUCAAGGACGGGGACGUCGUCGAGGUCGCGCUCGAGGGUGUCGGGUCCUGCACCAACAAGGUUGUGUUUGGCAAGGCCAAGGGCAAGGCUAAGCUCUAAACGAGCUAAGGGGGCCAGGGGCCUUGUCAUUGUCGAAAAGCUGCAGUCGUCGGUGAUCCUUCGAUCCUUGGCGAACCCGAGGUUUGAGCUGAGCAUCCACCAAGGGUCAUCACUGUUGGGCCACGAUAGAUGCCCCACAUCAUUUCCACAACUACUAGGUACCAGGUAUAUAUCAUGCUGAUCUCAGCUCCAGGGCUAGCAGCGACAAAUCUUUGGGAGAGUCCCAAAACGUGAAGACAGGAGAUGAAAUCCCGAGGCCCAACCCGAAGCAGGACAGCACCACUGCAAGGUCCCCCAUAGCUUCUUGUUGACGAAUCACAGACGCGCAGUUGCAACGCCAAGACGUGUCAUUCGAUUAUUUGUCCAUUUACUAGCGUGAUUUAUACGAUAUAUGUACCACGAUGGGUAAGACGGACUUUAUUUAGAC